AAUAGCUGCAAGAAGGGAACAUAAGAAAUUAAGCCCUUGAGCAAACUCAAAAAAGAAACAAAGAAACAACGAAAGAAAGAAGAUGAGAAAGGCGAACAUGGCUUCCAAUCAAUCAACAGAUGUGGUAUUAGAAGAUCAUUCACGACUCCUUCCUGCAAGCCCAACCUCAGAAUACAUCCACAGCUCAAUACUCUCCCUCAGUAUUAUUGGUGUCUUCGAAUUGGAGAUUCCAAUCGAAGAUUCAAAGGCAACCACAUUACUCAGGGACCUGUUCCUACCAAUCAACCCCCGCUUCUCAUCAACACUCGUUAAUGACGAUAAGGGUGCGCAACGUUGGAAGAGAGUCGAUGUCAGGCUUGAAGACCAUGUAAAGGUCCCACAUUUUCCAACUGGAUUACCACCAGCUACUUACGAUGACUACUUACAGGGGUACUUAUCAAAGAUAGCAUUGGAUCAGCUCCCCGAGAACCGUCCAUUGUGGGAAAUCCACAUAAUCAAGUACCCGACAAGCGAUGCUGCUGGGACUGUAGUGUUCAAGUUGCACCAUGCACUUGGAGAUGGAUUCUCUCUAAUGGGUGCUUUGUUUUCUUGCCUUAAGAGAGCUGAUGAUCCCUCCCUUCCUCUAACAUUCCCUGCUUACUCAGCUAAGACGGCCGCAUCUUUGAGAUCUCAUUGGAUGGCCGUAGCAUCCAAGAAAUUAUUCAACAUUGCCGCUGGUUGUUGGUACACUACUCCUGAUUUUGUCCAGAGCGUGCUGCACAGCACGGUGUUGGAAGAUGAUUGGACGGCGAUCCGAUCAGGGACACCUCAAGUAGAGCUGGAGCCAGUCACCAUCUCAACCGUCACCUUCUGCCUCGAUCGUAUCCGCCAAAUUAAGUCCAAGAUUGCCGGAACUGUGAACGAUGUAAUGGUUGGGAUCAUAUUCUAUGCAAUACAGUUGUAUCAGCAAAGGAUGGGCCGGAUAUGGAGUAGCCAACGUAUGACGGCAUUAGUGUUGUUGAACACAAGGAUGAUAAAUGGGUAUCACAGCGUGAAGGAGAUGCUCAAAAAGAAGACGUGGGGAAAUCAUUUCACCUUUCUUCAGAUAGCAAUCCCUUCCUGCAGCAAUGCUGAGAAAGAAAAUCCCUUAGCAUUCCUCAUCAAAGCUAAGAAAACCAUCAAGAGGAAGAGGCACUCUCUAGCCGUUUAUCUCACUGGUAGACUGGUUCAAAUGUUAAGGACCAUCCUUGGCCCAGAGACAGCUUCUCGAUACAUUCAUUCGACCCUGAAGAACACAACCACCGCAAUUUCGUCUUUGGUGGGCCCCAUUGAGAAAGCAGGGAUGGCAGAUCAUCCAGUGAAGAGUUUCUACUUCACGGUAGCGGGGGCCCCACAGAGUUUGUCUUUGACGAUGGUGAGUUACAUGGGGAAGCUAUGGCUGGCAGUAGCUGCGGAGAGAGAGUUCAUAGAUUCCCAGCUGCUUGUAUACUGUCUGGAAGAGGCAUACGAUAAGGUGCACAGAGAGGCCUGUGGCAAGGAGGGCACUCAAUCUAAAUGACCAAAAAGACUCUCUCAACCGUCAUUACUUCAGUGCAGGGGUGGUUAAUUAAGACUUGUUUGCAUAUCACUCAAUAAGUAACUUUUUAACUUAUAUAAGUUAAUAAGUUACAUUUUAAAUUUAAGUUAGUUUGGUAAGCUUAUGUGAUGAAAUUUACUUAUUCUUAUAAGAUUAUUUAUUUGUUUUCUUGCUUUUCAACUAAUUAUAACUUU